AUCAUGGAUAAGCAGGUGCUUGAGUCCUCUGAAGAGCGCACGUUCCAGUACCAAAAUUCACUGCCUUCGCUGCCAGUGCCUCCUCUUGAUGAGUCUUUAAAGAAAUACCUGGAUGCAGUGAAGCCAUUUCUAAAUCAAGAAGAAUACCAAAGAACUGAGGAUAUAGUUAAAAAAUUUGAAAAUGGGAUUGGAAAAGAGUUGCAUCAGAAAUUACUGGAAAGAGCUAAAACAAGAAGGAAUUGGCUGGAGGACUGGUGGCUGAAUGUGGCUUACCUUGAUCUUCGCAUAUCAACGCAAAUAUAUUGUAACAUAGGAGGCCCUGGCCCCUUUAUUGAAAACUACUGGCCACCCAAAGAAGGCACUCAGAUAGAGAGAGCAAGUGUUAAUAUAUGGCACACCCUGAAAUACUGGGACCUAUUAAGAGCAGAGAAGGUGGCAAUAGAGAGAUCUAAGAAUGCUGUUUUGGACAUGAGCCAAUUCCGAAUGCUUUUCUGCACUUGCAAGAUUCCUGGCGUUACCAGAGACUCAAUCUGCAAUUAUUUUAAAACUGAGACUGAAGGUGAAUGCCCAUCUCACUUAGUAGUCCUGUGUCGAGGCCGAAUGUUCACCUUCGAUGCUAUACACGAAGGCAAUAUGCUGAAUCCUGCAGAGAUUUUCAGGCAGCUUACAUAUAUCCAGAAAAGGUGCCAUAGUGAACCAGAUGGACCAGGACUGGCAGCCUUAACAAGUGAGGAAAGGACAAAAUGGGCAGAGAUACGUGAAUAUUUAAUUGAUCUUGAUCCAAAAAACUUAACUCUUCUGGAAAAAAUUCAGAGAAGUUUGUUUGUGGUCUGCCUGGAUGAUUCUAGUCCCUAUGCAACUCCUGAAAACUACAGCGAGGUUACGAGGAUGGGGCUAACAGGUGAUCCCACUGUCCGCUGGGGAGAUAAAUCCUACAAUAUCAUAUUUUUUUCCAAUGGAACCUGUAGUGCAUUCUGUGAUCAUUCUCCUUUCGAUGCCAUGGCUUUAGUUACCAUGCUAUCUUAUGCAGAAGGCGAAAUUAAUGAAAGUGAGGGGAAGUGGAAGGGAUCAGAUAAAGUAAGGGAUAUUCCAUGGCCAGAAGAACUUGUAUUCACAGUGGACCAAAAAAUUAUGAAUGAAAUUGAAUGUGCUAAAGAAUCAUAUUACAAAAAGGUAUCUGACCUGCAACUAGUGAGUUAUGCCUUCACAUCCUUUGGAAAAGCAUUGAUUAGGAAGAAGAAACUUCAUCCUGAUACAUUUGUGCAGCUUGCCCUCCAGCUGGCUUAUUACAAAUGUCACGGACGUCCGGGCUGCUGUUACGAAACUGCCACGACCAGGCGUUUCUAUCAUGGCCGCACAGAGACCAUAAGAUCAUGUACUGUGGAAGCAGUGGAGUGGUGCAAAUCCAUGCUGGAUCCUUCUGCCAGUGCUUAUCAACGACAACAGCUGAUGCUUAAAGCGUUUGCAAAGCACAAUAAAAUGAGGAAAGAGUGUGAGAAUGGAAAAGGAUUUGACCGUCAUCUUCUAGGUCUCCUACUCAUAGCACAGGAGCAAGGACUUCCAGUGCCAGAACUUUUUGUGGAUACUGCUUUCACAACUAGUGGAGGAGGUGGGAAUUUCGUUCUUUCAACUAGUCUGACAGGCUAUACUAAGUUUAGUGGAUCUGCACUUCCUAUGGUACAUCAUGGCUAUGGCUUUUUUUAUGCAAUUAGAGAUGACAGGAUUGUUGUCACCUGUUCUUCAUGGAAAUCAUGUCCAGAGACUGAUGCAGAAGUGCUGUGUAGAACUGUGUUCCAGUGUUUUCAGGACAUGUUGCAAUUAACAGUUACAGCUCAGCUGUAAAGUUGAUAAUGAUAUAAAAGAGCUUUUGCAAGCUCACAAGUUAUAUGUAGUACUCUGAAAUGAAAUGCUAGGCAAGAAAACUGUUAUAUUCAAGUUAAAACAUUUAAUGAUCUUUAUGAAGUCUACCUAUUUUUAUGGGCUUUACUGGUAGCAGUACCCAUUCAAGAGUGAUGUAGCCAUUUGCAACAACAAUGCAAGCAGUAGUACCUUAUCUGUGUAGAACUAUGCAAUAAUAAAAUAUGCCUCAACAAUGCAAAUGUAUUUGAAAGACAUGGUGUUGGAAAUGGAGAAUUUGUGGAAUUUUGUAUUUAUGGUCUUAGUAGUAACAUGUAGAAUACUUUGUAAUCUAAUUAUACUGUUUACUUCAGUGGAGUACUAACCUGUACUUCAGAGUAACCACACUGUCCUCAUAGGUGAUUGUGCUUCCUGUUCACGGUGGUUUAUGAAAUAGAAGGGCUGUCUUCAUCAGGCUGUAUGUUAUCUUUCACUUUUGCUAUUGGGAUUAUAUCAAACAAAUGUUCUAUCCACGAAGGGGGAUGUUCCCACUACAUUUGUUGUAUAAGAGCACUACAAUCUGAAAUAUUAUUGAGAACUCCUUUUUCAAAAUAAAAACAGAAAGCAGGAUAUUAAUUGGAAGUUCUCCAGAGUUUACAUCUUCUAGGGAACUGUGAAUCUCUCUGCUGCUUUACACUAAUAAUACACAAUAAAAGUAAGCACUGAAUGCAGUUUGAUAAGAUUCUCAGGAUUUUAAGACUUUUUGAUUCCUCUAUUCGAGCAUCUUUGUAUUUUCCUCUCUUAAUAAAGCUCUUACAAAAAUCA